AUGAUCUUUGCCACAGAGAGUGCCCAUUUGGGACCGAGUGCGAUCAGAUAUUUCCAAUCGCAAAGUGCGUUGAUCACGCAAGGAAAACUGAGCGGUCAAAAGAUCGAAUUCAAGGCACUGAUGAUCAACGACGGAAAGCACGACCCUCUGAUUGGCUAUGGGUCCUAUAUCUCUUUUGCUUCGGAUGCCCCUGGAUACGGUCCUCUCCAGCCCACACCUGUGAUCAACAACAUGACACAAAGCUACAUGGAGACUGGCGGAUGCGCGGAUCAGCUCAAGCAAUGCUACCGUGCUGGAAACGGUACUGCAGCGGACAAGCUUUGUGCGACUGCGGAACAUUAUUGUACCCGUAAACUCUUUCGCCCCGCAGUGCAAGGUUAUAAUCCCGACUAUCUGCUAGAGAGCAGUUCGACAACAGUCAAGUUCCCUCCCUCAUAUUAUCUGAACUAUGUGACUUCGCCAAAAGUCAUGAAUGCCAUCGGGGCCAAUACCAAGUUCCACGGAUGUAAUCCGGCCGUCAAGAGAGCAUUCUCAGUUCAAGGAGAGCUCGGACGGACCGCUCUUCCCGAUCUCGCCGCUCUGGCAAAUGCUCGUUUUCCUAUACUGAUCUGGGUUGGAGAUGCGGAUAUCAAAGCGAACUGGCUCGGCGUGCAUGAUGCAAUGGUUUCUAUGAGCUGGUACGGUAAUCUAACGCUCAACAACACCGCCUUGACGAAUCUCACACUCGGCGGGUCGGCCGUUGCGGCUGUCAAAACGAUUGAUUCGUUCACUUUCGCCCGAGUGUACGGGGCAGGGCAUAAUUUGGCUGCUUACGUUCCCUCAACCGCGCUUUACUUCUUCAACCAGGUGGUGAAACUCGUUGGCACCUCAGGCUCAAAUGCCAAAACCAAGACGGGCUCGUCUUCGGCCGCCGCCGCGUCAUCGACUUCAGGAUCUUCGAUGAAUGCUUCUCCGAGCAAGUGGAUCACUGCCCAGCAAAUCAAUCAGAUCUUCCCAGCUUGGACAAUUAUCCUGGUGGCAUACUUGUACUACUGA